UAUACAUCUCUUCUGAUUCAUUACCAGAAAGCACAUCUGAGAGACGCCUGGUGAAUCAUUUUCACUAUAUCAACUGGCCAGACUUCGGCGUGCCUACCUCUCCCGCUGGGAUGCUGAAUUUUCUCUGGAGAGUCAGGGAGUCUGGAGCACUGGAUAGUCCAGACAAGCCACCUAUCGUUCAUUGUAGUGCGGGUGUAGGCCGGUCGGGCACCUUCGUAUUCGUGGAUCUCGCUCUUGAGCUUCUUGUCAAGCCUAAGUUGGACGAUGCAACAAGUGCCGUAUUAGAGGCCUAUUCUGGUCUCCUCACCAUAACCAGAGAUGUUGAGACAAAUCGGGAUGUACUGGCGAUGCGGAAAUUAUCAGGGCAUUUGCUUAUCCUAUAA